GGGUUUUACGUUUCGGUCUGGGUUACAUUUGUGACGAAGUGCCUUGGUCGGCCGACGCGAUGCUUCACUCCCUCGUCCGCCGCCAUGCGCUCCCUUCGCCGUCCCGGCUCUGUCGCGUUUUCUUCUGCACCGGCACUUCCGACUCCUCCGCAGGCGUCGCCGCUUCUCCCGAUCCCCACUUCAUGGUCGAGUAUCUCGUGAGUACAUGCGGGUUCUCCAUUGACGAUGCGUCCAAGGUCUCCAAGUCGCUCCCGUUCCGUAUUCAGUCCACUGAGAAUCCCGACGUUGUUGUUGGUUUCUUCAGAUCUCAGGGCUUUGAUGGCGCUAAGCUCAGAAAAAUAAUAGCUUCGAGACCAAGUUUACUCGGCUGCAAUGUGGAGACGAACCUCGCUCCAAGGUUUAAAUUUUUGCGCGACAUGGGGUUAUCUGGCUCCGACGUCAUCAACGCCGUUCUGCUGCACCCCGUCAUUAUUCGCCUCAACUUCCAGAACAGGUUUCUUCCCAGAUUGAAGGUUUGGGAGAGUCUAUUGGGAUCGAGGGAGAUCCUCAGCAGGAAUCUCCGGAGGUGUGGAUGGUUUUUGAGCACCAGCAUUGAGAGUGUGGUACGCCCUAAUAUGAGCUUCUUAUGUGAUGAAUGUGGUAUUCCUGAAGAGCGGGUGUGUCUUCUCCUUAGAAGGCACCCAUGCUUCAUCGUGCAGAAGCCAGAUUCCCUCAGAGCUUUGGUAAAUAGAGCUGAAGGGAUUGGAAUUCCCCGGGGAUCCGGGAUGUUCUGCUUGAUCCUUGACGUGCUUCAUGGGGUCAGCAACGAAAAAUUUGAGGCCCAUGCCAAGCUCAUGAACAGUUUUGAUUGGUUGAACUCGGAUUUCUUUGCUGCAAUCAAGAAAAAUCCACCUUUUUUAUGGCUUUCCACAGAGUUAUUGCAGAGAAAGAUGGAAUUUUUAGUCAAGGAUGUUGGAAUGGCACCUUUAGACAUUGCUAAGCAGUCAAGGGUUUUAUUAUUAAGAUUGGAAAAGAGGUUAAUUCCUCGAUUUCGUGUGAUGGAGAUUUUGAAAUCUGAAGGGUUAUGGAAGUCAACAAACAAGCUACAUAGCUUUUUCAAAUUGUCUGAUCCAAUUUUUUUGCAGAAGUAUGUGCUCCCUUAUGAAGAUAAAUUACCCAAACUGCGUGAAGUCUUGUGAGUUGUAGCUGAGUUUGAGAGGAAUAUCCAACAGCUGAAGUGUUUAUUUAGGACGCACUUAGCUCCUCCCAAGUCUCAACUGUCCUUCAACGUUCUCUCAACAACUACACUGGAUUAACCAGAAAAGGGUACUUCAUCAUCUACAUGGAGGUCCAUGAGGGCGCUUAUGGAGCAAGCAGGUGGCCACUUGAAGAGUUGGUGAGGAGAUUAAGGACAAGAGGUUGUAUGGUAGAGGCCAUGUAGCGAUAAGGCACACAAUGACAGGGGGCCCUUGAAGGUUACGAUCAUAUUGAUAGCAACAACAACCUGACAUUAACCAACACUGUAGUAAAUGUUUUUUUGCUUGAAUCACCUGUCUGGCCAAAUUAAUCAGUUGAAUAUAACAACAUUAUAUAUAUUCUAAAUAGAUCAUCAUAGAUUAAUUCUUCAAAUGAAUAGCAUAGUAAAUUAAUGUUCAUGGCACUGGUAAUUGUCAUCUUCUCACUGUGUCCUAUUGAUUUGUCUGGCAUCAAAGACAAUAAUUGCUAUAUCAACUUCAAAUUCACAAAUUGUAUGAUAUAUGGAACUUCGCUCCAAAGUUUCAAUUUUUGCACGAUAUGGGGUUUUCUGAGUCGGAAGUCAUUGAUGUCAUUCUGCUGCACCCGACAAUUAUCGGCCUCAACUUCCAGAACAUGCUUCUUCCCCUCUAUUUGGAUCGAAGGAGAUCCUCCACAAUAAUCUCCGGAGGUGUGGAUGGUUUUAGAGUAGCAGCAUUGAGAAUGUGACACGCUCUAACAUGAACUUCUUACGCGGUGAAUGUGGAAUUCCUGAAGACAGGUUAUCUCUUGUCCUUAGAAAGCACCCAUGCUUCAGACAUUGCUAAGCAUCCAGUGGUUAUCUCUUUAAUCAUGAAUGUUGGAAGCACACAUUCUCUCUGCAGUUGCUAGAGGAAAGGGUCUUACUACAUGCCCCACUGAUCAAAAGAGAAAGAAACUAUAAAGGUUUUCAAUAGUUGAGUAGGAUGAUGUGAAAUAUUUUGAUGCUUCUGACAAGAUAUACAGGUUCGCACAAGUCGAGCUGCAUCUUCCUGUAAGAUGGGCCAAAAAUAUUCAGCUAGUAAUAUUCUGUGAGCGAGAGAUCUUCCUCCAGCAUGACUAUCACAUGAGCCCUGAUGAACUUCUUGUUGAAUGUAGGGUAUAUCGUCUGUUCCGAUACAUUUAAGCAAGGGACUAGAAAAUGUCCUCUUGUAUAGAUGGUCUCCUAUCAGAGUGUAAUGAGUAGCCUUCUUCUUAAAGACCCUGGCUUGCUCUACAUCUGCAGGAAGGAUGCCUUGUUGUAAGAAUAAUAUGAUGGGCGCGCGUCAGUCUCCUUGUAUCUCCGCAUUGGCUACUCUCUUGAUACAAGAUACUAAAAUUGUCUGUUCUACUGGUUUAUUUAGAUUCCAAGGUAUUACUGUUAAUGCGAGUUUUGCUAAUUCAUCAGCUACUUGAUUUUCCGAUCGGGGUAUCUUCUGUAUAUUAAAUUCCUGGAAUGAAGCUCUUAGCUUAUCAAA